GAAAACCCUCUGUUCUUCGAAUUUUUUUGCAGCUGUAUGCCGCAUCUUCUUUUCCAAAUCUCCCAAAGAAAAGAGAAAACCCUCUCUUCUUCGAAAUUUUUUGCAGCUGUAUGCCCAAACUAAAUGUAUUCAGAUGUAGCAGAAAAUCCUCAACCAAUUGAGGGGCUUCAUGACAAUGGGCCCCCACCAUUUCUGAGCAAAACCUACGACUUGGUGGAAGAUAAUGACACAAAUGAGAUAGUUUCGUGGAGUCGAGGUAACAAUAGUUUCAUUGUCUGGGAUCCUCAGACCUUGGCCAUCAAUCUUCUUCCCAGAUGCUUCAAACACAACAAUUUCUCUAGCUUUGUCAGGCAGCUCAAUACCUAUGGAUUCAGAAAAGUGGAUCUAGACAAGUGGGAGUUUGCCCAUGAAGGGUUUUUGAAGGGGCAAAGGCAUCUCUUGAAGAACAUCAAGAGGAGAAAAACAACAACAAUAACAACAACUAGUACUAGUAAUAACACUAGCAUUGGCAGUUGUUUGGAAGUAGGAAGCUUUGGAUUGGAUGGUGAGAUCGAGCGGUUGAAGAGGGACAAGCAUGUGUUGAGCUUGGAGGUGGUGAAGCUGAGGCGGCAGCAGCAGCAGACAAGCUCAGACCUUAGGGAGAUGGAGCUGAGGCUCAAGGGGCACGAGGCGAAGCAGCAGCAGACGAUGACCUUCUUGGCUAGGGCGAUCAAGAGCCCCACCUUCCUGCAGCAGAUGAAGGAGGCAAGGGGUAAGAGGAAUAUGAAGAAGGUCAAGAGAAUCGAUGGUGCAGCAUUCGGAGUCGAAGAACUAGGCCUAGAUCAGGUUGAUAAUAUUGGUGGUGGAUUUGUUGCUGAUGAUAGUAUGUAUGUGAAGUUGGAGCCUCAAGAAUUUGGUGGAUUUGAUCAUGUGGAGUUUGAGACUUUGCCAAUGGAACCUAUGGUUGUGGAAGAACAGAUUCAAUAUAGAGAUGAUCAUGAUGAUCAUCAUAAUCUUGAUGUGGAGAAGCCACUUGAUGAAGGGUUUUGGGGAGAUUUGAUCAAUAGAGCAUUUGAAGAUGAGAUUGAAAACUUUGUUUUGGAUGAUCCUUAGAUGAGUAAGUGGGUAUUAUUGCUGAGAUUAUUUGCAGAUUGAUGGAUCAAGAAUGAUUAAAGGAGUCUUGAAAAUUUGUGUGACUGAAUUCAAGUGUAGAAUGAACUAUCUUUAAGCUAAAAGAAGUAAUUUUUAUGCCUCACUAA